GAUCCGGCAAUCAGCGCGCGACCUCGCCGACGUCCGCGCAAAAGAUUCGAGAUCUCGAAGCUCGUCGGCGACAAUCCCUCCACAACCGUGCCUGUCCAGAUCCCUCCGACCUCCCGCGACCCAAUAUGGUUCUCAAGCUCAGACUCGCCCGCUUUGGGCGCACCAAUGCCCCCUUCUACAACAUUGUCGUCGCCCACGCCAGAACCGCGCGCAACAGCAAGCCUCUCGAGGUCAUCGGCACAUACGACCCCGUCCCCAAGAAGGACACCUACGACACCUCGGGGAAGCUGCACAAGGACAUCAAGCUGGACGUCACGAGGGCGAAGUACUGGAUAGGUGUGGGAGCUCAGCCGACCGAGACUGUUUGGAGGUUAUUGUCCUAUGUCGGCAUCCUAGAGCCCAAGUACAAGAAGUCGCAACCGGUGCAGGAGCAAAAGACCAAUGCUUGAGCGAGCAAGAUACCGAGCGAGAACGCAUCUUUCGAUUCCAUACCACCAGACAAACCCGGUUCUUCCACCCGUAAUGCUCGCAU